AUGAAUGUGCCCACUUCAUCCAGUCCGAUGAAUAGAGACGGCGGGAUUCCGACAAAACCCGGCGCCUACUUUCAUCAGGAGCCUGCUGUCCAGGAGAAUGGCCCACGGAAGGCCUCGGGAGAAGGAUUUUUUUCCCCGAUGACGGGAGGCCCGCAAAACUUCCCGGAGCAACAGCGACAAAAUUUCUAUUCCCUUCGUCCAGCCGGUGCAAAGCGCGUCUUGGGUCGCUCGCAUUUGUUGAGCUGUUGCGUCAUUACUCGGGAUGGAGCGAAUAGUAUUUGUAUCGUUGCGAUAUUGCUCUUGGUUGUCCUUGUUUUUAUGUUAGGUGUGCUGCCGCGUGGGGAAAUUUACUCGUACGUAGUCGUUUCACUUCUCGCCACUGCUGCUCUUAUUUGUUUGGUGAUGUCUGUGACGGUGGAUCCUGGCAUCUUGCUGCCCCUUCCUCCGGACCCAACUCGGCAACCGGAGACGGUCUUAGUAAAUGGGAAGGAGGUUCUUCGCAAGGUCUGCCCAAGUUGUCAUAUUGUGCGUCCUCCACGAAGCUCCCACUGCCGUUUUUGCGACUACUGUGUGGAGGAAUUUGACCAUCAUUGUGGGGUGCUGGGGAGUUGCGUCGCCAAGCGAACAUUUCGUUUCUUUGGGGGAUUUUUUGUAUUCACAGCCUUACUCAUUCUUUUUAUUGGCAUCCGUUCGCUGGUUACGCUUGCAAAACCUGAUCCUCAGUUGAACACUGGACAGGGGCGCUGGGAGAUGGCUGCUGCCAUCAUAUCUCUCGUCGCGUCAGGGUUAGCGGGCUGUAUUGUGCUACCAUUGGCCUUCUAUUAUGUUUACCUCGCCUGCAUGAAUUAUACACAGAAGGAAUCUGCUCAACUCUCGCUUGGAUUUUGUGAGCCAAAUCAAGAUUAUCACCGGGGGUAUUGGCGCAAUUUUUUUAGCCGCUAUUUUGGCCCGCUCGGCACAAGUCGUGUUACGGCGGAAAACGCCGAGUUUUAUGUGUAG